CGCAGUGAGAUGCUGUCACGGCCUGAAUAACAAGUUACCUCUGCGAGCGCAGCGGUGCAUGACUCGGUCCGCUCUUCGCGUCGGUGCUCCGCGGAAUAUUACAAUAGCACCCGCAGUUCCUCUCGCUUCUUAGACGCGUCUGACGUUAAACUAGGUCAAGCAGGGUUGACCUGUUUAACUGUGAACGGCGAGUGCGGACACUGACGAUGUUCGAGCCCUGGCUCAUUUGACAGUGUUUCCUGUGUAUUGAUUCAUCUGGUUUUGUUUGAGAAGCAUGGCUUUCGGGGCUGUGAAGUGUUGUUUUGAUUCGGAAUUACCAGAUUUUGUGGAAUCAGUAAUACAAAAAUGUUCAUACCCGGGAUGUUGUUGUGGCUGUUGUGCGGCCUUACGCCCUCGGUACAAGCGGCUAGUGGACAAUAUAUUCCCCGUGAAUCCACAGGAUGGCCUGGUGAAAAACAACAUGGAGAAACUGACAUUCUAUUCUCUCUCCUCGCCAGAAAAGCUCGACCGUAUUGGAGAGUAUCUGUUUCAGAGAGCUAGUAGGGACAUCAGUAGGCGACGAAAUGGGUUUGUCGUGAUAGCAAUGGAGGCGAUGGACCAGUUGUUGGUGGCUUGUCACGCACAGACUCUUAACUUGUUUGUCGAGAGUUUCUUGAAGAUGGUUCAGAAGCUCCUGGAGUCCACGGAUCCUCAGCUCCAAAUUCUCUCCACGCAGUCUUUCGUGAAGUUCGCGAACAUCGAGGAGGACACCCCGUCGUACCACCGGCGCUACGACUUCUUCGUGUCCAAGUUCUCGGCCAUGUGUCACAAGGACAACUGCGACCCGGAGCUGCGGGACAGGAUCCGCCUGGCCGGCAUCAAGGGACUGCAGGGGGUGGUGCGGAAAACCAUCUGUGACGACUUGGUGGAAAACAUAUGGGAGCCAGUGCACAUGGACAAAAUCGUUCCUUCCCUCUUGUACAACAUGCAGAACUCCAGGUACUUGUCGAAGGAGGCGGGCACUCCGGACGCGCCCCAGGAGGAGCGCUGCGACCCUCCGACCCUGGCAGAGACGUGCAUGCGAGAGCUCGUGGGGCGGGCCUCGUUCGGCCACAUCCGCUGCGUGCUGAAGCCAGUCCUCAGACAUCUUGAUCUCCACGAGCUGUGGGUCCCCAACCAGUUCGCUAUCCACACCUUCAGGAUAAUCAUGUUCUCCAUACAGUCUCAGUACUCGUACACAGUCGUGGAGACGCUCAUGUGCCACCUAGACGAGAACAAGGAAUCCAGUCCCAAGAUACGGACCAGCAUAGCCGACGUGCUGUCCAAGAUCAUAUCAAUAGCAGCUGGGGAGAGCGUUGGACCGUCGGUGCUGGAGAUCAUCAACUCGCUGCUGACGCACCUGCGCAUCUCGGUGACGCGGGAGCUCCCGGGAGACGACCCGGGGGCCCACGUGGACGAGAAGCUGUACCAGGAAGCCCUGAUCAACGCCCUGGGGGAGUUCGCCAACCACCUGCCGGACUACCAGAAGAUAGAGAUCAUGAUGUUCAUAAUGAGCAAGGUGCCCCAACCCUCCCUGGACCACCUGCGAGGACUGGGCGGCCCCGGGGACGCGAUGCUGCAGAGCAUCCUGCUCAAGUCCCUGCUCAAGGUGGGCACCAAGUACCAGACGAUCCACUUCAACACGACGUUCCCGCUGUCGUUCCUGGAGCCGCUGCUCACCAUGUCGCUGGCGGACGACCCCGACAUGCGGCUGCUCGUGCAGCGGAUCCUGCAGACGCUGAUCGACCGCCACGCUAACCGGGACAAGCUGCUGCGGCCGUCGGUGAACGUGUCGGAGCUGGAACUGGUGCUGGAGAAGACGUCGAGGCCCGACAUCAUCUUCGUGCGCAAGAACGGGCCGGAGAUCUACCUGAGCCUGUACGAGAGCCUGCAGAAGCCCAACAACACAGUGGAGAACGUGCAGGCGGUGUACACCACUCUGGCCCUGCUCGUGGUGGAGCUGGCCUCGGAGGAGACGGUGCUGGACCUGGUUCGCCUCGUCGUCAGCAUCCAGGACAUGGCGCUGACUUGCACGUCCCUCGGCGCGACUCAGAGGUUCAACCUGCACGCGAUUGUGGCUUGCCUCCUGGUCCUCAUACCGCACGUUGUGCCGAUAUCCCCCUUGCUGGAGUAUGCUGAGAAGGUGGUGGCGGCGCGGCGCCUGGCCGGAGCCGCCCACCUCCUCCCGCCCCUGCUGGAGCACCACGACCUGGAGAGCUGCCCCGCGCCCUCGCAGCUGGGGCCGGGCGUGCUCGUGGACCUGGCGGCCGUCACGGACUGCCUGCGGGGGGCCGGCUUCGACCCCGCCCGCCUGCAGCAGGUGUCCCCCUACUCGGCGGGCGGGGGCCCGGCCCAGGCCCACCGGCACUCCUGGGUGGACGCCGCGGGGGCCGCCGACCUGGGCUCCUUCCAGGUGGAGCUGGACAGUGCCUCCUCGUCGCCCGGCGUGCAGAAGAGGCACCCGCAGGAAGAGCUGACGUUCGAGUCGAUGAAGAAGAUGGUGUCGGAGUCGGUGGACACUAAGGAGGAGGAGGAGGAGAAGCGCUUGCAGCUGUGCGAGACCUUCCGGACGGCGGACUUCGAGGAGCUGGUGUGUCGAACACAGGCGAAGAACGACAUCUUGCAAAACAAGCUGAACGAAAUCUUUGGGAAGUUGUCGACGAACUUCAUGGACGGCAUGCGAGCGCCUUCCACGCCGACUCCCAGCGCCAAGGACUUUGAUGCCCAACGACCCAACAACACGCCGGUGUACGAGCGCCUGUUCCCCGAGAUGUUUGCGUACUGAGCACGGCGUGCAUCCUUGUUGAAGGCUGCUAGUAGUGUGAAUCUAGUCUUGUGUUCUCGAUUGUCUAACACACAUGUUGAUCAUGUGCAAUGUUAUUUAGGUAAACAAAUGUAUGCUACGUACGUAGUUUAGAUUCUUACUCUAUACAUUUUUGUUACUAUUAUAAUGUACUAUUAUAUUGUAAUAUUUUUGUUGUGAAACUAUGUAAACGAAUUUGCAAAUUAAUUGCAGUACAAGGAAAUAUUUGAUGUUUUAAAUGCAUUGGUUGUAUUUAUAUACACUCCAAAAUUUACGCUAUAUAAAUAUUGCACAAGUUGAACAGCACUGCGAUUAAGAAUUUAAUUUGUUGACAUGCCGGUUGUGGUGGUGGUCGAAGGAGAAAUACCAGGUAGCAGGAGUUUGUGUUUUUGACAUGGUGUGUUGUCGUCCAAAAAUUAAAUUAGUAGUAAUGUAUAGUAAUCUUUUAAACUCUACAAAGUAUAGUAUACUUCAGUCUUGCUCAAAAUGUUUCACUUAAAUAUUGUUUUAGUUUUCUACUUCUUCUUCACUAGAAUAAUACAUCAUAUUGCAAGUGUUUGUGUAAAAGAUAAACUGAUGGAAUAAUUUCAAUAACCUUUCUUGCCUACAGUUACAGAUAUUCAACUUUAACUCCGUGUAAUAAGUCAAAAUAGUUGUUGUCACUAAGACUUUGAUAAUAGAUAUAUUAUGUAAGAAAAUACCAAUUUAUCCUGUACUAAAGUAUAAGUUUAAUUUAUGCUGCUAGGUUUAAAUCCUUAUACUAAAAACUCUCAGGACGUCUGGCUAUUUUUGUGUAGCAGCCUUUAAAUAAAUAAUGUUUGUGUUGUGCUAAUCACCCACAUGAUUUCUGGAAACUCAGCAAUGGGCCUGCUUAUCUGUGAAGAAAGUAAUGAUGUUGGCUGAAGUAAGCAAAACCACAGCAUUAAAUUAGUGUGGGACCAAAAUAUUAGCAGUUAACUGUUUGACCUUAAUUUUCUAUUGCAUUUUUGUACUUGAGCUAGUUACAAGGAGUCUUUCACUAGCUUAAAAUUGUAUUUACUAGUUGAGUUUUUCAAAUGUCUUGUAUAGGUAUUUAAGAUUUAAGGUGCUGUAGCUACCACCACCAAAGGCAAAUUACGAAUUGUUAUGAUACUGGUCUUUAGUACUUUUUAGUAUAUAAAUGUUUUCCUGUUAUGAACCGUUAAUAGUUUUUGCUGUCAUUUUGUCUUUUAUAGCAGUGAGACAGUUGAAAUGUUGAUCUUUGAAACCAUAACUUGUCUGUUGUCUGUUACGUGAAGGCUAAAGCAGUUUGCAGCUAUGUUGGCUGAGUGGCAUUGAGCUGGCUCCUGACGAGACACAUGUACAUUUUUACGUCGAUUGGAAUGUCACCUAGGUAUAUUACGUCCGUAUGAAAAGUAAUAUAGUCUGUUUGAGCCAAUGUUAUUUGACUAUUGAUAUUACUUAAUACUGUGUUCAAGUAAAGCAUAUAAUGUCUAAAGGAA